GUUUUCCAGUAUGUGAACUGAUGUGUUUCCUCUUUGUGUUUGUUCCUGUCGCACACACAGGUGACAUCAGGUGCAAGGGGAUGACCGAACGCAUUCACCACAUUAAUCUUCACAACUUCAGCAAUUCUGUACUUGAGACCCUCAAUGAGCAGCGAAACCGCGGGCACUUCUGUGACGUGACUGUUCGGAUCCAUGGUAGCAUGCUGCGCGCUCACCGCUGUGUGCUGGCUGCCGGCAGCCCCUUCUUUCAGGACAAGCUGCUCCUGGGCUACAGCGACAUCGAGAUCCCCUCUGUGGUCUCGGUCCAGUCCGUCCAGAAACUGAUCGACUUCAUGUACAGCGGCGUGCUGCGGGUCUCCCAAUCCGAGGCCCUGCAGAUCCUCACGGCUGCCAGCAUCCUUCAGAUCAAGACAGUUAUCGACGAGUGCACCAGGAUUGUCUCGCAGAAUGUGGGCAUUUCGGGAUCUGGCAGCUUUUCGGUGGUCCCGGGGGACUCGGGGCAGGAGACGCCGCGGGGAACUCCGGAGUCUGGCACGUCUGGUCCCAGCAGCGACGCCGAGUCGGGCUACAUGCAAACAUCUCACCAGAGCGUUUACUCCUCGCUUUAUUCCAGCUGCUCGGGGUUGGGCCUGCAAAACGGUACCCGCGGAAAUCGCUCCCACUAUGCCGGCGCUGCGGUGAUAGCCAACUACGACUCGGCCUUGCCACUGCAGCAGAAGGAGGCCGGGCAGGACCCUGCCUGGAUCACGCGCAUCCAUGAGCGUUCACAGCAGAUGGAGCGAUUCCUGUCCACCACCGAGACGACACACUGCCGCAAACAGCCCCGUCCUGUCAGGCUCCACCCAGGGGACAUCCACAUCAAGCAGGAGCAAGGGGACGAGUUCAACUGCUAUGGGAUCGAGGAUUGCCGGGAGGACGGCGAGCCAUUGGAGUGCGUGGAAAGCGAGCCCAAAGGCGAGAGCUUCGACUCUGGCGUCAGCUCUUCCAUCGGCACCGAAACCGACUCCGUUGAACAGCCUUUCCUGUCUGGGUUCAACUGUCCGAGUAAGGGCCAGCAGGGCGAGCGUGGGACCCCGGUGCAGAUCGAAGUCAAUGAUUCCUCCCCCGAGCAAACCCAAGAGAUCAUCGAAGAUUCGAGCGGAAACGGUCCUACUCAAGAAAGUGGCGAGAUCGGGAUCCAUCAAGCCAAUCUAACAGCUCCCCAAGUGAUGCCCGGUGGGCCGUACCUGCGGCCAGGUGAGCCGCUUACCAGCAACCUACGUAUGCCCCUGACCCUGACCAGCAACUCCCAGGUAAUGGGAACUGCGGGCAACACGUACCUGCCUACGCUCUUCGCCACCCAGUCAGCCAGCGACAACAAGCCUUUCCUCUUCAGUCUGCCCCAGUCCAUCGGGAGCCAGCAGCCGCAGUUUGUGGCCGUCCCCUCUCCCAACAUGCCUCCGUUCCCCGGCGGGCUGUCUGUGCCGCCAGGAGGGAGUCAGCAGCAGGGCGGUGCACCGGGGGGACAGCACGGGGAGAAGAAGCCGUACGCGUGCACUCUUUGCUGUAAGACCUUUACUGCCAAACAAAACUACGUCAAACACAUGUUCGUGCACACAGGUGAAAAGCCACACCAGUGCAGUAUCUGCUGGCGUUCGUUCUCGCUGAAGGAUUAUCUCAUCAAACACAUGGUUACGCAUACAGGCGUCCGAGCGUACCAGUGCAGCAUCUGCAACAAACGCUUCACCCAGAAGAGCUCGCUCAACGUCCACAUGCGCCUGCACCGCGGAGAGAAGUCCUACGAGUGCUACAUCUGCAAGAAAAAGUUCUCUCACAAGACCCUGUUGGAGCGCCACAUGGCCCUGCACAGCACCGGAAGCGGGGUCUCUGGGGUCUCCGGGGUCAGUGGCGCAGGGAGCGCCGGAGGCCCCGCGUCCAUCCCUGUGCCGAUGGCCGUCCCGGAGCCGGGAGCCGGAGUGGUGGCUCUCGCCAUGCCUGUGGGAGGGGGCGUGGCUGGGGGCGGAGUCGGAAACGCCGGAGUGGGCGUGGCCGCAGAAGCCAGCUGCCAGGAGGGGACCACCUACAUGUGCUCCGUGUGCCCUGUCAAGUUUGACCAAAUCGAGCACUUCAAUGACCACAUGCGCAAGCAUGUCUCCGACGGAUAAGUACAAACGAAAAAAAAAACUCACGCAAACAUGAAAAGAAUGAAAUGAUUAAGAAAAACGGCACUAGAUUUUUUUUUCUUAUAUUGGGGCAUGAAGAGUAAUGAGUAUAGACACUGGCACAUUAAGUUUUUUAGAGAAAAAAAAAAGAAGCGUUUAAUUUUUUUUCUUUCCUUUUUUUUUUCGUCCUUGCUAUUCUUAAAGAAUAAAAAAAAAAGAUGGUGGCCUUAAGGCUGAGUAGUUGGAUAAUGAUCCACUGGCUGGAUCCAUACUACUGGCCUCUAAAUGUAUGCUUUCCUUAAAUACUGAUUUAUGUGUUGAACACUACCGAAAGGCCUGCGAAAGAACACACAAGAAAAAAAAAAUUCACAUGCGCGCGCACACUCGGACAUACGCAAACACAAAUACACAUACCCACGCAUGCACUCACACGCACAAACUACUUAUACACACUUAUAUAUGGUAGAGGUAUUUUGUACGUAUGUGUAUUUGUGCAUGUGGCGUGCGUGUGCACAAGAAUAAGCAUUGCAGUGAAUUUUUUAAAACUUGUAGAUCUUUUCCCAUGUAGACCGUAUUGGACACUAUAAGCGUCCAAGCUUACUGUGGUAUAGAUUUAAACCAAGAAAAAAAAAAGCUAAAAAAAAAAAAAAGAAGUUUUGGCUCUAGAUUCAUUCUAAAAUAACGAUGGUCACAUGUUUGCCUUUUUACGUGCGAUAAGAAUAGGAGAGUUGUUCGAUUUGACACUGGGUUUUUAUUUAUUAUUAUGGCAUUGAGGGAUUAUGAUGAUGUUGUCGAGGUACAAGCCAGUUUUACUAACUGUACUAAAAUGGGAAUAUUUGAGUGGCUUGCUGAAUGAAUGACUAUUAUGAUUAUUAUGACGUUUUUCCUUUUCUCCCGCCACCCUCUUUUUUCGACGGUUCAGGUCAAGUUUACAGAAAAAUUCAGACAGUAUUCGAGCAAAAACACUUUGAAUGCCGUUAAUAAUUUCCAAUUGGUUUUGCAUACACUGCCACUUAGAAGACGACUGUUAGUUCUUCCGCUUCAAAACGUUUCAUUCGCUCCAUGGUUCUGUUUUUUCAACCAAACAAACAAACAAAAAAAAAAACAAAAGGAAAAUGGCAGAUUUCCGUAUGCAAACAGGCCCAGAAUCCAAGUCAACUGCUGCUCCUCACGUGCUCACUUUGAGACUGUUAUCAGCUGUAGAAUCCAACAUUGGAGUGGAUAUGAUUCUCAGUGAACAUGCGAACCUAUGUUAAGCUAUCUGGAGCCAUGGGCUAGAUUAGAUCAAAAGUCAACCAGGCAGAAAUAAACGCAUAGAGAUGAUGUAUUUCCUGUUAGCGCCGACUACUAUGACUCAGUUGUUUGGGCCGGUGGAGCGACACAAAUGCACUACUCCUGUUCCUAAAGCUCCACCUAGUGGCUCAAACAGCCGUUUUUGUUGGGCUGUCCGCCUGGCAGGAGAUACAUGCGGGGCAGGAGAGAAGGAAGGGGACAGAUAAUAGGCAACAGAAAACAAUCAGAACCAUAAUAAAAGCAACACGGUCACUCAACUUUAAUAUACCACAGACUCUCCGAACAAUAAGAAACAUUCCCAACUGUACUGAUAUCUAGACAUUGUGUGUGUGUGUACUUUGGAAGUGAGUUAAGAGGGUUGUGUUUUUUUGGUGUUACGUCACUCAGAAGCUCUGUGUUCAUAUUUGGCUUUGUUAUACACGUAUUUUAUGGAUAUUAUAAAGACUCAUCUGCCGUGCAACUGCAAUCUGGCAAUUUUGCUCGCUCGUUUAGGUCGAUAGACCUUCGAAGACGAUGACAAAAUGUAUCAAUGGCAAUUUAUCCAGACUUUUAUUGGGUCGCGUAAGUUGCCGUUUCAAAAUAAAAAAAACAGUGCUACUUUGCACAUUUUACUUCGAGAUCCUGUGCUUAAACGUUGAAUUGUUUUACUUAAGAAAUUAAAUUCUAUAAUUUUUUUUCUUCUGUUUUAUUUUUCGUCAUUGUUUAUAAAGGAAAUAUCUUUUCUUAAAAGCUUGAUAAGAGGACUGCAUUGUUUUCUUGCAUAUAUGUUGCACUGCUUAAACCAAUAAGUGCACUACUGUUACCAGAGAUGUUCUAGUUUUUAGAGAUAAUCAUUUUUUUUUUAUCAAAUAUUUGGUUCUACUAUAGUUCACUUGUGUUUGAGUAGCUUUAUUUCGGAUUAGACGAUUCAGUUUUUCUUCGGCUUUGUUAUCAUCACUUGCUAUUGUAUUUACUUUGUGCUGUUUAUGCAAGCUUCGUCUUUAUUUAUAUUUAAACCAUUGUGAGCUGGUCAGAUCCUAACGAUGUAUCGCUUACACCACUUCCAUCCCUUCCCCCCCCCCAUCCCCACACCAACCCAGUGCAGUUAAAACUCAUCCAAGCGAACGCUCGGCUUUCUUCUCAUUCAUACCAAACUUUUAAAAUACACAAAAAAAAACUAAGAAAUAAGACAAAAAAAUCCAUAAAAAAAUCACAAAACCACAAAAAAGAAUUGUAGUGUGUGCCUCAAUAUAUGAUAAAUGUCUUUUAGAACAAGUACGUUUCUACGAGAGGGUCGUUGUGCAAAGCUUUUUAGUGCUGUCUAGGGAUCGAGCACAUUCGCGUAUGUGUUUGUAUGAGCAUGUGUGUUUGUGCGUGUGCGUAUAUUCCUCUGGUAUGUCUCUCUAUGUGUGUGCUGUACAAUUCGUGACGCCUGAACUGUAGGGCUUCCUUUGCAAUAUGCAGUACAGGUACGGCAACAGUGACAACACGUUCUUUUACAUACUUAGAGUGCAUUCGGUGACCUUCUCGAGAACAAUCAUCGCUAUAUUCCCUGCGAUUAGCAACACCAGGAACAUGAUGCUGUUAAGGCCCUCUCUUGAAGUCAGAGUGGUUAGAUCUGUGAUCUGCAAAACGCGCCUGUUGAAUAUCCUUCUGCAGAGCUUCGAGACCAAACUAUUUUAAUCGAUUAUGCUGAAAAAGCUUGUGUCGGUCCGAGGAGUUCCUUGGACUAGCAUAUGCGUUUUUGUUGAUCACUUUGAACCAACUUUCAGAUCUGUUUAUUUUAUUUUGGGUUUUUUUUUUUAGGGGGGAUCUGCAUGUGGUGCUACAAUUUGGCCUAACCUUUGGAGUAGUCGAGGAGCGAAUGCUCUGUUGGUUACUUUUGGAUGAUUUUUUGGUGAUGGUGGCGGUUCGGUUGAACCCAGUUUUAUCCAUUUAGAGCAUUGCUCUCAAACUCAAUUCCUGGAGGGCCGCCGCUCUGCAUAGUUUACAACCAACCACCUCCAACUCACACCUGCUUAAUAGUCUAGUAGUCUUGAACACCUUGAUUAAGGUUGGAGCAAAACUGCAGAGCUGCAGCUCCAUGAAUCCAGGUUGAGACCUAUGAUAUAAAGUUUUGCUGGAUUUAAAUUAAGGAUCAAUUCCCAAAUUUGGGGUCAGAGUUCAUCGGAAGCCAUUUUUCAUGCACAUCUUGGGGCCGGUCGUAUAUCAUUUGUGUGCUCACGUUCGUUGUUUUCCCCAGUGCCGGCCCAGCAAGCAUUUCUUGUUUUUAAAAGAAGCCUAAUGGAUGUCUAAUAGACGUCCAAAUAUUGUCGUCUUGGCUAAAACAAGGCUAAAUUUGGGCUGUUAGU